AUGCCAGCUCUCACAUACCUCGUACUUUCCGACACUCAGCCAUUGCUCGAGCAACUCCACCGCCGAGGCUUGUUCAGUAAAAAGAAAGGCAAAAACGGAGGCGGCCCCAGUGUCAAGCUGGAUGCCUUGUACGUCGGCUCCUUUGUCGCUGCCAUUCUUAUCCUCGCCCUCUUGAGCAACACCCUGACAAUCCAACGCCUUGUUGAUACUGGCUCCAUGGAGACUUUGCCUGAUAGUAUGCAAUGUCGCUGGGUAUUUGAGAUGCAGUUUGAGGUCGAGUAUGUCUGA